UUGAAAAUAUUUAACGUCCUGCUUUAAAGUAUAAAGUGUCUGUAUACAUUUUUCUUAUUCAUUAUUCACUUAUACUUGUUAUCUAAGAGAAGGAUGGCUUGUUACUACAAUUCAGUUAGAGCUUUUGUGUUUCUUACUUUAGUGUGCUACUCAACAGCAAGUGAACCCGAUAUAGAGCCGGCAUGUUCAAAAUUCAAAUAUGACAAACAAAUGUUAGAGACAAUGGUCAGAAUGGAAGCUAAAAUGAAUCAGUGGGAUAAAGAAAAGGAAACUUUUGAAGAGAACAUGUUGUCUAUAAUGGAACAUCGGAAGCAGGAAAUGAAACGAGAGUUUGUGAAACAAAAUCAACAAAUUGGUCAAAUGCUUGAUGACUACAAGAAGAUCCGUGAAGAACUCAAAGACAAAACGGCUCAGCUUGAAAAGUUUGCUGGCAAUUUCACAAAAACACCGACGAUAGCAUUUAACGCAUAUUUAAUGCCAGGUCGAGUCUAUGGCGACGGUGAAACUGUCGUCUUCUCUGAAAUUUUACUUAACGAAGGUAAUGGAUAUGACAAAAGCACAGGAAUCUUUACAGCACCCCUGGCUGGUCUGUAUGAAUUCAGUGUCCACUUAUGUAAUGUCGAUGCAAAGUUUAUGACCGUAGCUAUCGUUUAUAUGGAUACUGAAGUUGCAGCGACAACAGAAUACGAAAGCAACAGUAGCAGCUGUAGCCCGGUAUUGGCUCCUGUGAAGAUGGCGAUUGGUGGCCGCGUGUAUGUAAAGAGUACAUAUCAUAAAAAUGCAAUGUUUUCUGAUUCCAGACAUAGAAGGCCAUCUUUCACGGGUGUUCUUUUGAAUAUUUAAAGACAUAUUUUGUACAGUCUUAUCUUUUUAGUGUCGUAUGCUUGCCUCUAUAUUUAUACUAAUCACAAAUUUUGAAUCUUCAAUAACAAUUCUGUUUUAGUAUGUUGAUGGAACUAUCACAAUAUAGUAAAAAUAACAUUACUUCUA